CGUGACGACGACAGCCAUGAGCGCGGCCGAGCAGGAGACGACCAAGGCGCUGGAGUCGCUGUCCUUCGAGGAGCUGUCGCUGCUGAACGAGCGCAAGGAGGCGCUCAAGAAGGACCACGCGGCCUACGUGGAGGCGCACCCGGAGAUCAAGACGCUGCUGAGCGGCUUCAUGUCGGCGCUGCUGCUCGAGAAGCCGCAGGACGUCGUGGCCUUCGCGGCCGAGCACUUCUCGGCCUUCAAGCCGCCCCACGCGGAGCUGCAGCCCAUCGUGAUCGCCGGACCGUCGGGCGUGGGCAAGGGCACGCUCAUCAACCUGCUGCUCGAGAAGUUCCCCGACACGUUCGGCUUCUCCGUGAGCCACACGACGCGCGGCCCGCGCGAGGGCGAGGUGGACGGCGUGGCCUACCACUUCACGCAGAAGGACAAGGUGCUCAAGGAGAUCGAGUCCGGCCUCUUCCUCGAGCACGCCGAGGUGCACGGCAACGUGUACGGCACCAGCAAGCGCGCCGUGCAGGACGUGCAGGAGAAGGGCAAGAUCUGCAUCCUGGACAUCGACAUCCAGGGCGUGCAGCAGGUCAAGAAGUCGGGCAUCCGCGCCAAGUACCUGUUUAUUGCGCCCCCGUCCAUGGAGGAGCUCGAGAAGCGGCUGCGCGGACGCGCGACCGAGACGGAGGACAAGAUCCAGCUGCGCGUCAAGAACGCCGCGGGCGAGCUCGCGUACGGCCAGCAGCCGGGCGUGUUCGACGCCAUCCUCGUCAACAAGGUGGUGGACGACAGCUUCCGGGAGCUCAUUGACACGCUCAAGCAGUGGUACCCGUCGGUGGAGCUCAAGUAGAUGCCAUCUGUGGAGGAUCUGAGUUGACGCAGAAGGCAAUUUGAAUCAGAGCCGAGUGUUGAAAAGUCU